AUGGACUACCUUCGCGACAAGCUUCAAGGCGAUGAAAAGUUUCGUAUAGAUUUGAGUAAAAACGUUACACAUCCAGCGUUCCAGUAUAACAGAGAAAGGUGCCUUCCAAUCUCCCAAAUCUUUGGUCACCGCGGCUUCUUUCUUUUCCCCAGUGAAAACUCGUACGACAUUUUUAAGAACACAAAAUUCAAUUAUGGUCUGCUGGAACCUGGGGGCGUUGGUAUUCCGUUGUUCCAUAUCAGAAAGUGCUACCAUUUAAUGAGUUUCUCGGGAAGGUCACCAGUCUUUAUUAUAUACAAGAACAUUAUAUUACAUGAGAAGGAAAAUGUGCCUUUUGCGAAAUAUAACGUGAUAAGGAAGGAAAACGGCUUGGUUUUAUAUGAAGUUCCAUACUGCGAAAUCUAUAGAAGAAUGGGACUUCUUAAUAAGGAAUAUAAUUUAGUUUUCUCAUUCGAUGGCAUUACAACGAGACAGCUUCUCAUGAUUAGGCGAUCGUAUAAUAGAGAUCUUUUCACAAACAUCAAUGAUACGAAUUUGCGCUGGCAUGUCUCCUACUCACCACUUAAAAGUGAUCAAUUCAGGCUUGCGAUUUUGGAAGAUGGCGCCCCUAGCUUGCUAGAUGAUUCUGAAACUAGGAGGAGGAAAAAGAGCAGCGACUCCUCGAGUGGUAAGAGGGAAAAUCGUGUCAUUGCUCAUUUCACAAGAAGACACAAAGACUAUUUGCCUAAAAUUAUCUCCAAAGAAUCAAAUUUGAUAAUUGGUGAGUGGUCAGAUUCGCCCUCCUAUGGAAUAUCAUCAAUCCCCUGGGAUACUCAAGCGCUUUCAUGUCAAGCGUUAUUAAUCCACUAUCUAGAAGAUGAAGAAGAAAAAAGAGGUUCAAACCAACCAGCAAAUUGA